UAAUACUUCACGGAUGGUCUGAAUGACAACGACAUGACCAACCUUCCUCCCUUAGCUUGCGGUAAUAAUAUGUUAAGUGUCGGUUUUGUUCCUAUGCUCCAAGGCUUAUACUUUUGCUCCGCCGUCUUCACUCCAAUCAUUCAGUGCUUUUAUAUUAUAAGGAGUUAGAUGCAGAAAGCCACGGAAAUAAUAAAUGUCAACGGAAAACGACCACUUGUGAGUGACCAGUCAACAUUUGAUGAAGAUGUAGCUGGAUCUAGCAAUUUUGACACUCUUGAUUGUGGCAUAGACCUAGAUAAUGAAGAGUUUGAAGAUGAAGGAAUGUUUGAUGAGUCAAUUGAUGUUGACUUGGGUGACUUUGAAGAUUACGAUGACAAUGCUGAAUACUUGUGUUUCAAUACACAAGCAUAUGUGGAUCUUGGAGAUGCUACUCAUGAGUGCGAGUAUUGUGGAGCCUUAUUCUGGUGGGAGAACGGAUACAGAUAUAAAUAAGGGUAGAACACCUCCAAUAUUCAGAUUGAAUGGUCAAAAUUACCACAAGAUCGGUAGUCUUAUACCAAAUGAAGGACAACGUCCAAAAUUCUUACAGAUGUAUUUGACCGAUCCAGAAGAAGAGGUUGCAUCUAGAAUCUCAUCUGUGAGGCGCUCUGGUGGAACAGCAUUGCAUGAUACAUUAGUAUCCGAUUUGCGAGAUAUGUUGGAUGCACACAAUGUUCACGCACAAUCAUUUAGAAUGGCUCGUGAUAGGUUUAAUGAAACUAACUCUAUCUCUUUGAAGAUGAAGCUUAUUGGUAAAAGGAAUUCAGAUGGACGGACUUACAAUACCCCUACCGCUCGUGAGGUAGCUGCACUUAUAGAAGGGGACUUUAGUUUAAAUCGAAAAGAGAGAGAUGUUGUUCUGCAGAAGAAAUCCAGAAAGUUUCAAAUUAUAUCGGAACUGAAUCCUUCUUUUCUUGGAUUACAAUAUCCGUUACUUUUCCCCUAUGGUCAGGAUGGUUUUAGAGAGGAUGUUAACCUGACACGUGCAUCUCAAGCUACCACAAAAGGCAGGAAACAUGUUACAAUGAAAGAGUUCUUCUCAUACAGGUUGCAAGAAAGGAAGAGCGAGUCCCCUUACAUUUUGAGAUCAAAGAGAUUAUUCCAGCAAUUUAUUGUUGACGGAUAUACCAUGAUUGAGUCAUGUCGCUUGGCAUAUAUUAGACUACAUCAAAAGGACUUGUGAAGUGAACUGUAUACAGGAUUGGCUGAUGCUGUGAGUCGUGGUGAAACUGACGGUUCUAGGUUGGGACAGCUCAUCGUACUUCCUAACUCAUUCACGGGAAGUGCACGUUACAUGAUUCAAAACUACCAGGACGCGAUGAGCAUCUGCAGGUGGACAGGAUACCCACAACUCUUCAUCACAUUUACAUGCAACCCAAAGUGGCCUGAGAUUGUUCGUUACGUCGAGUAUAGAGGACUUGCUCCGGAAGAUCGUCCAGAUAUCAUUUGCAGAAUCUUCAAGAUCAAACUUGAAAUGCUCAUAAAAGACUUGAAAGAAAAUAGGCUAUUUGGUGAAGUCAAAGCAGUUGUAUACACUGUGGAGUUUCAGAAACGUGGAUUGCCACAUGCUCAUAUUGUUUUAUGGUUGACACAAAGAGACACGGUUAUAUUGGCAUCACACAUUGACAUCAUUAUCUCAGCUGAAAUUCCUGAUGAGAAACAUGACCAUGAUUAUUAUGUUGCUGUCAAAGAGUUAAUGGUGCACGGGCCUUGUGGGUCUUUGAACAAAUCUUCACCGUGUAUGGAGAAUGGUUGCUGCACGAAACACUUUCCGAAAAAAUUUGUGAGACGUACCACAAUUGAUGGAAGUGGAUUUCCUAUUUACAGAAGAAUAGAGAAUGGAAGGAGUGUCAUGAAGAAUGAGAUUCCACUUGACAAUAGAUUUGUCAUCCCUCAUAACCGUACAUUAUUGCUCAAGUAUGGGGCUCACAUAAAUGUUGAGUGGUGUAACCAAACUCGGGCGGUGAAAUACCUCUUCAAGUACAUUAAUAAGGGUAAUGAUCGGAUCACAGUAGCAUUCUCUGAGGCAUCUGACAAUCGUAAGCCAGAAAAGGUCAAUGAGAUCAAAAUGUAUUACGAUUGUAGAUAUAUCUCUGCAUGUGAAGCGGCUUGGAGAAUCUUUGGAUUCCACAUUCAUUAUAGGGACGUCGCAGUUGAACGUCUAAGCUUUCAUCUCCCAGGGCAACAUAGUGUGUACUAUAGUCCUAAAGAGUCUGUCGGUUCUGUUCUUAGACGACCUACUAUCCACACUACUAAGUUUCUAGCUUGGAUGCAUGCAAACAACGUGUAUCCUCAAGCUAGGAGCUUGACUUAUGCUGAAUUUCCUACCAAGUUCACGUGGAAAGCAAAAACGAGAGAGUGGGUACCAAGACAAAGAAGCACCACAAUCGGAAGACUCUACUUCAUGCGACCUGGAGCCGGAGAGAAAUAUUAUUUAAGGAUGCUCCUUGGUGUCGUGAAGGGGGCUAGGAGUUUUGAAGAACUCAGGACAGUUGAUGGAGUCGUACACUCGACGUUCAGAGAAGCUUGCUGUGCCCGCAGUAUGUUAAAUGACGAUAAAGAUUAUAUAGAUGGACUCAUAGAACAAAGCCAUUGGGCAAUAGGGCAUGAACUUCGCAUCACAUUUGUUCAUCUUUUACUACAAGAGUCAUUAUCUCUGCCCAGUAUGGUUUGGGAGAAGUGUUGGCCCUAUCUGUCUGAUGAUAUACUCUACACUAUUAGGAAGAAUCUCAAUGAUCAAGAACUGCAACUGGAUGAGGAGCAAAUAAAGAAUUAUUGUUUGCUGGAAAUUGAAAAGCUUCUACAACAUCGUGGAAAGUCUCUAUUCUACUAUGACGGAAUGCCUCGAGUAACAGAUCUUGAAGUUCCUUCUCUUGAUGAUGUUUUGAUACACGAGGAAUUGAGAUAUGACAAACAUGCUUUGGCAGAAGAACAUGCUACAUUAAUUUCCGCCUUGACGGAGGAUUAAAAGCGUGUUUACGAGACAAUAGUGAGUUCUGUAGAGGCCAACCGUGGCGGAGUGUUCUUCUUAUACGGGCACGGUGGUACAGGGAAAACAUAUAUGUGGAAGACCUUAUCAACAUAUAUAAGGCAUCAGGGAAAUAUUGUGUUGAACGUAGCUUCAAGUGCGAUCGCAUCAUUGCUACUUCCAGGUGGAAGAACGGCACAUUCCAGGUUUAAAAUCCCACUCACAGCAGCAGAAGAUUCAACUUGCAACAUAAAACCAGGAAGUGCGCUUGCCAAGCUAAUUCAAAUGACAAAAUUGAUAAUUUGGGACGAGGCACCCAUGACCAAUAAGUACUGCUAUGAAGCUCUUGAUCGGACUAUGCGCGAUAUUCUUCGACAUUCAUACGGUUGUGAUGGAAUGAGACCUUUUGGUGGAAAGACAAUUGUCUUUGGCGGAGACUUUAGACAGAUUUCACCGGUAAUUCCAAAGGGUAGCAGGCAAGAUAUUGUACAGGCAACUUUAAACUCAUCUUUCAUUUGGGCGUUUUGCAAUGUGCUAAGGCUAACGAAGAACAUGAGAGUGCGAAGUGGAUCAGACGAUCUUAAUUCUGCAUACAUACAAAGAUUCAUUGAUUGGAUAUUGAAGAUAGGGGAUGGGGUUCUGGGUGACAAUGAUGAUGGAGAAUCAUAUAUUGACAUACCCGGAGAAUUCCUCGUGCCUUGGAUUUAUGAUCCAGUUACUUCUAUUGUCCGUAGUACAUAUCCCGAUUUCUUGGCACACUGCACAUCCCCUUCAUAUUUAAUGUCAAGAGCAAUACUUGCGCCAACAAUAGACGAGGUGGACAAGGUUAAUGAUUACAUGAUCGCACAACUACCAUCAGAGAUGAAGACAUAUUUCAGCACUGAUUCUGCAUCUCUAUCUGAUUCUGAUAGUAGUUUGUUGCAAGAGAUCCAUUCUCCAGAAUUUCUUAAUGGAAUCAAAUGUUCCGGAGUACCUUGCCACGAGCUCAAAUUAAAAGUGGGUGCCCCUGUGAUGCUUAUGAGGAAUCUUGAUCAAUCAUUGGGUUUGUGUAAUGGCACUCGACUUUUAGUGACCAAACUUGGAAAGAAUGUUAUUGAGGCCGAAAUGUUGUUAGGGCCAACUGCCGGACAAAAACAUUUCAUUCCACGUCUUACCUUGACUCCUUCUGAUGUCAGACUGCCAUUCACCUUCCAGCGCAGGCAAUUCCCUCUGAUGGUUAGUUAUGCGAUGACUAUAAAUAAGAGUCAGGGCCAGUCAUUGGAAAAUGUGGGGGUAUUCUUACGGCGACCGGUUUUCACCCAUGGGCAGCUUUACGUUGUUGUAUCAAGAGUCACGAGUCCAACUGGUUUGAAGUUUUUGAUAUGUGACGAUAAUGGUAGACCGACGAACUCCACAUUAAAUGUUGUAUACAAAGAGGUCUUUACCAAUUUGUAAUAUUACAUUUCGUCUUGAAUAAAAUUGAGCGCUUUUUAAUUCAACUCAAAAGACAAAUGUUAUCCAUUGAUUUAGUAAAAUAAUUAAAUUACUAAAUAAUAUAAAAUAAUGUUU